UCGAUAGAGCUUACAUUCACGAUUCAUUCACGCUAUUCUAAAAAUGGACUUUGGCUUCUCUUAAUUUUAAAAUGGCACAUGUUCCAUAGUCAACUGGGAGGCUUAAUCGUCAGUUGUGGUUUUACUUGAAAAUCAAGACCUUUCCCAAAGUUUCAACCCACGUCGUUCACCGUCAAUAAAUCGCCUAUUUUAUCAGUAAUUGUGGUGUUGAGAAGUUACGGUUGCCGCAGUCACAUUCGAUGCUGUUCCUCUUAAUCAAUACGUACUAUCCAAGGUUCAAAGUUUUCAGAGCAGAAUGAACGGCCACAUGACAUCAGUUCUAUUUACGAUGUUUCUAAUGAUUGGUCUCAAUUAUCGCCAAGUGACAGCUCUCUCAAGCAGAUCAGAAUCAUUCGAUCUGCACUUUCCACAACAUUUGGAUGGAUACGCUAUAGCAGAGCCCAGUUCCCUUCCUGACAUGGUAUCAUUCACGGUCUGUUUUUGGAUCAAGUUAUUGCCACACCCUGGAUCGGCGGCGCCAACAACUACCUUGUUGUCUUAUUCUACUACUGAUUACGGAAAGGCUUUUCACUUGGAGACAAAAGGAACUAGGAUAAAUGUUGAUAUAGAUGACCAACGUCACCUCUAUCUACAACCACACGGCAACCUUUACGAUAACAGUUGGCAGCACGUCUGCAUCAUUUGGCACCAAAAACUUCAUAAAAUUGGGUUCUACUUUGAAGGCACUCAUGUACAAACAUCAAUGGUUAUCAGAUUAGAUAAAGGUCUUAAAGGAGGUGGUACAUUAGUGCUUGGUGCUCUGAGGAAGGGGUCUGGUGAGUUCGUUGAACGUUUAAACGGAAGUAUGAGUAACCUGAGGAUCUGGAGUAGGGAAUUGACAGCAGAAGAGAUAAAGAAAGUCUAUGACAGCUGUGACUUCAUCAGAGGAAAUGUAUUCAAUUGGUGUGAAAACGUGGUCGCCCCAAUGCUUAGAAAAGGCGUUAAAAUUGUGUCACCCUCUACUGCGUGCAGUUCCAGUUUAUAUCGACAAUCGAUCUUUACGAGACGAGAGAACUUCAAACUCUUGGGACAUGUCAUUACUCAGAAAUCAGUGCGGGACGAGUUUACGUGCGGGUUACACUGCUUACGAUCUUGCAGUUGUCAAUCAUUUAACUUGUUUAAACAGGGAGAGGACCACUACUUAUGUGAACUGAACAGUGCGAAAGACAAACGAUAA